AUGGUCUUUAUUAUAUUCGUGUUACUUGUUUUGACGAGUGGAUAUCAAUGCGACUGCACACAAAUUAACUCGAGCAUUAAUAACGGAUUCAGCCCUUCAAAAUGUACAUUUUUUUCAAACACCCGCUCGUACUGUUUUAACAACUAUUUCAAUUUUUCUACCCGUAUAUUAAACUUUGAAAAUGUUAACAUUCUUCAAAACAUGGAAUUUACAAACAAUGGCGAUAAAUAUUGGCAAAAUAUUCAUAAAUCUACACUCUUUGAAAACGUCAGUUUAAUCAUUUCAUGUCCUUUACACUUUAAUAAUACUUUAAAUAUUGAGAGUGGUGCUGUCAUCAAUGUUAUUAACAAUAAAACAAUAUUUGGUUUAUUUUCUGAAGCGGGAAAUCUCAAUAUUACAAAUCCGGAACUGAACAAGCCAAGAAUUAUAUUGUGGAACUCGACUUAUAUUCACCUCAACAAAAACAUUACUGGAAGACCUGAUUUUCAAAUAUUAAAUCCAAAUGGAAACACAAAAUGUUUUGAUGUGUUUUCCCUCAACAAUCAAAAUAAUUUGGAUGUUUAUAUAACAACAACUGAUCACAUUUCAUCUUUGAUGUUUGAGUAUUCAUACAACUUCACAGAUGGGAAGGGGUAUUUGAUAUCAAAUAAAAAAAUGAUUCGAUUCUGUCCAAAUGGUAUACAACUUGACACAAAUGUCAUCUGCACAUUGAAGAAAGAAAUGUACACUAAUGACAGCCCAACAACAAUGGAAGGUGAUUUCGACUAUCCACAUUGUCCUUGUAAUUCAGACUCUACUGUUAAUUGCAGGUUAAAGUUUUCAGAAAUGUUUGAUUUGUAUAAUAUGUCCGAUUUUGAUAUUCUAAAUACUGAAUUGCUUGUUGAUAGAAAUAUCAAAGUAACAAAUCUCAAAAGAGUGAAACAAGUGACAAUUAAUGAUGACACCAAACUCGACAUUUCUGCGCACUUUGAUAACAUGAUCUUUUCAUUUUCAUUUGGAGUGUUGGAAAAUGGAGUGUAUGGAAAUAAAUAA